GGAUGGAUGAACUUUAAAUCUGCCUCACCAACUUUCACCGCCUCUCACCCUCUCCGUCUCUCUCAUUCUGCCAGUCCUCGCUGUCUCUCUCUGAUCGUUCCUCUCCUCCGCUGCGCUGUACUCCAGAAGACCUCGACAAUGGAUUUACUGCAAACACAGUCCUGUUGUAAAUGAUCAGUUUGGUUUGGUUCUUCUUUCUUGGCUGAUGCGUCUUUGUUGAGUCGAGAUGAUGGCAUCAAUAGGGGAAUUUGACCCUCUCAACACCAGAGUCCCUGCAACUAAAAUAGAAGUUACCGUAUCAUGCAGGAAUCUCCUGGAUGUGGACACGUUCUCCAAGUCAGAUCCUGUGGUCGUCCUGUAUUUGCAGGCUGUGGGAAACAAAGAGUGGAGGGAGUUUGGCAGGACAGAGGUAAUAGACAACACUCGCAAUCCGGAUUUCGUGAGGAAGUUUGUACUGGAUUUCUUGUUUGAAGAGAAACAAAAUAUAAGGUUUGACGUGUACAAUGUGGAUUCGAGAAGCUGCAACAUUUCCAAAUACAAGGACUUUCUGGGUCAGACCUUCUGUACCCUUGGAGAAAUCAUCGGCUCCGCAGGAGGACGACAGGAGAGGACCCUCUCUGGGAUUCCAGGAAAGAAGUGUGGAGUCAUUAUCUUAACUGCAGAGGAGCUCAGUAACUGCAGGGAUAUUGCCACUAUGCAGUUGUGUGCCAACAAGCUGGAUAAGAAGGACUUUUUUGGCAAGUCAGACCCCUUCCUGGUUUUCUACCGCAGUAACGAGGAUGGAACGUUCACCAUCUGCCACAAGACAGAGGUGAUCAAGAACACACUGAACCCGGUGUGGCAGCCCUUCACCAUCCCUGUGAGAGCUCUCUGCAAUGGAGACUAUGACAGGACCGUGAAGAUAGAUGUCUUUGACUGGGAUCGAGAUGGAAGCCAUGACUUCAUUGGCGAGUUCACCACCAGCUACAGAGAGCUGUCUCGGGGCCAGAACCAAUUCAACGUCUAUGAGGUUCUAAAUCCCAAAAAGAAAGGCAAAAAGAAGAAAUACGUUAAUUCUGGGACUGUAACUCUGCUGUCCUUCAAAGUGGAGUCCGAGUAUACCUUUGUGGAUUUCAUCCGAGGAGGAACCCAGCUGAACUUCACAGUGGCUAUAGACUUCACCGCAUCUAAUGGUAACCCCUCGCAGCCCACCUCACUCCACUAUAUGAGUCCCUACCAGAUGAACGCAUAUGCCAUGGCCCUGAAAGCAGUGGGUGAGAUUAUCCAGGACUACGACAGCGACAAGCUCUUUCCUGCCUAUGGCUUCGGUGCUAAGCUGCCACCUGAUGGCAAAAUCUCCCAUGCAUUUCCACUGAGCAGUGACAAUGAUAAUCCAAACUGUGUGGGAAUAGAGGGGGUUCUGGAGGCCUAUUUCCAGAGCCUGAGGACGGUGCAGCUCUAUGGACCCACCAACUUUGCACCUGUUAUCAACAAAGUGGCAAAUUGUGCAGCAGAGAUUACAGAUGGCUCUCAGUACUUUGUCCUGCUGAUGAUCACAGAUGGAGUGAUAUCGGACAUGGUCCAGACCAAAGAGGCUGUGGUCAAUGCAGCAUCACUCCCUAUGUCCAUAAUCAUUGUAGGUGUUGGGCCGGCUGAGUUUGAUGCUAUGGAGGAGCUGGAUGGGGACGAGGUGAGGGUAUCCUCCAGAGGACGUCUUGCUGAGAGAGACAUUGUUCAGUUUGUCCCAUUCAGAGACUACAUCGACAGAUCUGGCAACCAGGUCCUCAGCAUGGCCCGGCUGGCUAAAGACGUCCUCGCUGAGAUCCCCGACCAGCUGCUCUCUUUCAUGAAAAGCCGAGGAAUUGAACCGCGACCGGCCCUUUCCUCCUCGCCCAUACCGGGGCUGCACCAGCAAAUCUGACCCCGACACAGCCACUCAUCUCUAACUCGCUCCACCCUGAUUCUCUCCGUCUCCCCCCUCCUCCUCCCCCCUCUGUGUGUCAACCCCUCACUUCCCAUACAAUUAUUUUUCACUUUAGAGGAGCAGGGAGAACGACCCGUGGCUCGGCCUCUCUCUCUCUUGCCGCCGCCAAAGCUAAAGAGGCACAUCAGACUGACGCAGCAGGCGAUCAUCCCUGACCUACCUGCUGUUGUUCCUCGUCUUCUCCUCUCUGACUCACCCUCUUCUAUAGCAUCCCUUCUCGUUUGCUGAAUGGCCAGUGAGACUGAACCAUGACCGCCACCCUUCUCUCCUCGCUGGCUGCUCACUCGCAGCCUGACUAUUUGGAUAUGUCUGUGAGUUACCCUCAGCAGACACACACACAAACAAGUUUUCAUCCGUGUCCUUGUAUUCAGAAGAGUUGAAACUUCUCUCAUUUGGCUCGAGUCCUAGGAAGUGUGUGACUCCAAUUUUAAUAAGCUAGUCCCUAAAUGAAAGCAGAGUCUGUGAUGAGCAAUAUACACCACCUUGGAAAUACCUCAAGUGCUUCUGAGGUAUUUCUUUGGCUACAGUUUGACUGUAAUUCAUUUGAGUGAGUAGUCACCACAUUAUUUUGCUAUCAUCUUUAUCAUAGAGCUGUGCCAAAACUCUCUAAACUGAAAUCAAGCGUGCCAAGCAAUUAGUUUAAUCCAAGCAGAUGAAAUGGAGACGAGGACCCUGGGAGACUCUUUGUCCUGUGGACGUCACACGGACGGUAGCAGAGAAGUGUUGGCAGGUUGAGUGUGGGGUGUCCGUCACAUGUUCAUUAUCAUCAGUCACACACACACACACACAGACACACACCUCUCUUUGCCCAGCAUGGGAUGGAGCCGGGUGCAGAUAUCCCCUCCCCAUCCUCACCCCUGCUGUUCGAGAAAUGCCAGACUCUCCAGCUGCCCUGCAGAGAAAGGUGGACGAGGAGGAAAGGAUGCAAGGAAAGGGAAAAGACGAGGAGGAGGGUGAAGGCAGAAGUGGAAGUAAAUACAGAGAAGAAGGUGUAAGUGUUUGAUAGAUAGAAAAAAAGAAUCAAACAGCAUGGAGGAAUGAUUCCGAGAUGGACAGGGUCGCAGGGGAAGAGGACAGCAGUCUGAGAUUUGUUUGACGCCUGAGGGGAAAAGAAAGAUGGGAGAAACAGAUGGUGGCAGGUUAGAAGGCAGCAAAGAGGGAGACGAUCGCCCGGCGCUCUAUUUAGUUUUGUUCCAUUGGUCUUUGUGUGCAUGUUGUUUUUGGAACGAUACUCAAUGAUGGGAUGAUGCACAGAAAAGCAAUAUACCUGACGUCCAUUGUAACGUUUGCCCUAUGCAUGACCCUCACUCUCCCCUGCCAUGACAUUUUAUUCCAAGGCAGACUGAAGCCUUGUACAAAGUGGGCAAAGCCUGCCACCUUGUGUACAUACUGUGUACAGCAGGAUAUUCUAAUUAUGCAUGACUGCUGUACAAUCCUAUACUCAAUUCAUACAGUGCACAUGCAUGACGCAGCUGAUCUUACUAUCAUAACAUCACAAGGUACUCUGACAACAUAACAGAACAAUAGCUCAUUAAAAGCACUGCUGUGUUCUAUGAAGGUGAAAUAUGUCACUUAUUGAAGAGAUGUAAACGUCAGUGUGAUGGUGUUGACAUUAGGAGGGGUGUUUAUGCCGUUGAAUGUUACAUGUAAGCAUAUACGUUUUUUUAAAUACACUAUAAUUGUCCCGAUUUUGAAUGCUUUGUAACAAGUGUGUUACAGUGUUAAAUUUUGUGUCGUCAUUAGAACACCAAAAAAAGACAGAGAUGGCAAUAUAAUAUAUCUCAAAGAUAAUAUUCAUUUUACUGGUGUCACUGUAUAUUUCCAUUAUGUUGGAGUUCAGAGCAAACUUUGUGUGUGCCAUGUCCUGCAGAAACCUGGUGUAUUCGGUAAUUGAAGCUCUGGAACAUCCUCCUUUAGAUAUGUGUAUUUUUGAUAUCCUGCAGUGAUGUGGCCUCUUCUCGAGGUCAUAGAAUCUAGUCCCGUAUGGUCUCUACAAGAGGGCGCACCAGCCUGUAGUAGGAUUUUAUCUGUUCACGAGCGUUUUUGUCUCUCUCGUCUCGGUCACAUGGCUGUACGAACAUGUCUCUAUUCAGCUUAUUAUUCAAUGUGUUCAAAAUAAAGAUGAGUAAACAUUGUAUAUAAAGAACAGUACAUGAUCAAACGUUUCCCACUUAGACUAGAGUUGUGAAAACCCUUUUCAAUAAGUGUGUGUAACGAUAAAUCUGUAUUGUACAUUGACGUUUCUAUGAAUGUCCAAUUAAGAAGAGUGUUGAAGUUUCAGCUAUAAACCUAUAUAAACAAGCAUCUCUGUUUUUGA